AUGGUUAGAAUCAAAAUGAAGGCCAUUGGCGGAUCAUUCAUGUGGAAGAAGCUAGGGCUAUCGAGACCACCCAGUCCCUCUGACAGUGACGACGAAGCAUGGGACACCACUCCACCAGUCCCCACCAGCACUGAAACGCCACCGGCUACUGGAGCAGCGACCGGACGCUCCGACUCACCGGCCGUCCAGACUUAUCGCCAGCGCAAAAGGACGACGAUGAUCGUGCCACCACCUUCCUCUUCAACAAUCGCAAUGGAAACCCAGGGGGGCGAAAUACCUCAAGAAGACACCCCUUUUGCUCCCCUCGGCAAGAAACGGCCAAGAACGCCGUCACCACCCUCACCGUCACACCCAGAGCAAGAAACAGAGACUGCCAUUGCCAUACAUCCCGCAGGACACAAAGAAACUGAUGCACCCAGCGAUUUGCCCACUGAUAUGCCCACUGACUUGCCCGAUGACUUGCCAAGUGACGCGCCCAGCGAUUUGCCCACUGACUUGCCAACUGAUGCGCCCAGCGAUAUGCCGAGUGAUUUGCCCAGCGAUCUGCCCAGACCAACAUGCCCUGAUCACAUCACUCAGGCCCUAACAUUCAAUAAAGUUUCUGAGCAGACCGGGCUGGCCAAAAUAUCAUCCCUUCCAUACCAUCCAGGAAGAUCCAUCUUGGAUAUUGGGUUGCCACCCAACUAUCCAGCAUCAUACAGUAUAACAGGCUCCUGA